AUGGAGUCCCAAAACGUGUCCACUGUUACUGAGUUUCAGCUGCUAGGAUUCCAGAACCUUCUUGAGUGGCGGACUUUGCUCUUUGCCAUUUUCUUGUUCAUCUACUUCCUCACAGUCACAGGGAAUAUUGUUAUCAUUGCAGUGGUGAGCCAGGACCAGCAACUGCACUCACCUAUGUACACAUUCCUCAAACAUCUCUCCUUUCUGGAGAUCUGGUAUACAUCCACCAUUAUGCCCCUCCUCCUAGCCAACCUGCUCUCCCAGGGCCAAGCCAUCUCCUUCCCUGCCUGUAUAGCACAGCUCUACUUCUUUGUGUUCUUCGGGGCUACCGAGUGCUUUCUUCUGGCCAUGAUGGCCUAUGACCGAUACCUGGCCAUCUGUAGUCCACUGCACUACUCUUUCUUGAUGAGUCCUGAGAUCUGCACCAAGUUGGUGGCAAUCUCCUGGUUGACAGGGGUCAGCACAGGAUUCCUGCCCUCCUUGAUGAUUUCCAAGUUGGAUUUUUGUGGGCCCAACCAGAUCAACCAUUUCUUCUGUGACCUCCCUCCCCUCAUGCAGCUCUCAUGUUCCAACAUUUAUAUCACUGAGAUGGUCAUCUUUACCCUGUCAUUUGCUGUACUGUGCAUGUGUUUUUUUCUUACACUCGUUUCCUAUGUUUUUAUUGUGUCCUCCAUAUUGAGAAUUCCUUCAGCCUCUGGCCGAGUGAAGACCUUUGCCACGUGUGGCUCCCAUUUGGCUGUUGUCACUAUCUACUACGGAACCAUGAUCUCCAUGUAUGUUCAUCCCAAUGCCCACCUGUCACCAGAAAUUAACAAGAUUAUUUCUGUCUUCUAUACUGUGGUCACCCCACUGCUGAAUCCUGUUAUCUACAGCUUGAGGAACAAAGACUUCAAAGAUGCUGUUAGAAAAGUCGUGAGAAGGAACUGUGGCAUCUAUGGAGUAAGAGUGAACACAAGUUUCUUUAUCGGAUAA